UCUUCAGAUCAGAUCAGCUGUAAAUGGGCUCCGAUACUUUUGUCAACAGGAUUCAAAAACAAAGACUAGAAAAAUCACUUCAGCUGACGGAACAAUCACUUGCAUUGCUGUCGUAACUGGAAAAACAGACUUCUCACAGAGCUAUGCAGCAUUACGGAGUGAACGGCUACUCCCUGCACGCAAUGAAUUCUCUGAGCGCAAUGUACAACCUGCAUCAACAGGCCGCCCAGCACGCGCAGCACGCGCCGGACUACCGACCCUCAGUGCACGCGCUCACGCUGGCUGAGAGACUUGCAGACAUAAUCCUGGAGGCGAGGUACGGCUCUCAGCACAGGAAACAGCGUCGCAGUCGCACCGCCUUCACCGCCCAGCAGCUUGAAGCGUUGGAGAAAACCUUCCAGAAAACUCACUACCCUGAUGUCGUCAUGCGUGAACGCCUGGCCAUGUGCACCAACUUACCUGAAGCCCGGGUCCAGGUGUGGUUUAAAAACCGACGUGCAAAGUUUCGCAAGAAGCAACGUAGCUUGCAAAAAGAGCAACUUCAACGGUUGAAGGAUGCUGGGGAGGAAGAUGCUCUUGAGGAAGAAAAAGAAGAAACUCCACCCACUGAAUCUCAAGCCCCGCCCUCCCCUCCAGAUGGAGGCGUUCCCACACAUCCUCCUCCAUGUGAGCUGAAUGAAGAAGUGAAUGUCACUUCACCAGAACAGUCGGGGGCAGAGUCAGGAGCUGAGGACUUGACUGACAGAGAGGAUGAAUCUUUGUCCUUUCACAAUGAAAUAAAAGAGGAGGGGCCACCUGUGAUGACAGACAGCUCACCCUCCUGCAAACCAGUUAGCCCUAAAUCAGACACUUCCCUCUGCUCUUCAGCUCUCCCGUCAUCCAGUGGUGUCGGGACGGCUCAAUCCAAUUCAUACGCGUCAUCUCCUCUCAGCCUGUUUCGUCUGCAAGAACAGUUUCGCCAACACAUGGCCGCCACCAACAAUCUCAUGCACUAUCCCGCCUUCGACAUAUCCACGCCCUCCACCCUACCCUACCUGAACAUGGCAUCUCCGUUGGGAUCGCUCCCCUGUCAGUCCUACUAUCAGUCCCUGUCUCAAGCCCAGCAGAUGUGGAGCAGCCCACUGCUGCCUGCCCUCAACAGCAAAACCACAAGCAUUGAAAAUCUGCGGCUGAGAGCCAAGCAGCACGCUGCAUCACUUGGGUUGGACACGCUACCGAACUGACCACAGACCUGUGCAGAUUCUGAUUGAACCAGAGGUCUUGUGUCCGGGAUAUACACCACAUGGAUAUCAGAGCUGGAUUUCAUUAUUAAAUACUAAAGCAUGACCAUAAGUUUGGGUUCUGACUUAAAACAUUAGAGGACAAUGCUGGUCUGACUGCAUGGCAGACCUUGUAAAAAAACCUGGCUUUGCACUUUGAAACUUGAAAAAAAGAGCACGAUAGUGUCUGCAGUUCAUUUCUCUGUAAAUAAUCUCAUUCAGAUCCACAGCUUCAUUACGUAGGCUAAAGCCAUCAGUUUGUCUAUUGAAAAGAUGUUGAAAUGGGAAGAGAAGCACAUUGAUGCCGAAGACUACAGAUUACAGAAAGGCUUUAUCUGGACCGAUUCCUUUUUGAAUCAUGCCAUGUGUUUUGUUGUUUAAGUCUAUGGGAUAUCUCAGAAUUGUUUGAAAAAGAAAAUGUGAAUAAUUUAUCUGUUAAGUAAA